AUGUUUGGCCAUGGCUCACCUGUACAAGACAACUCGUGGUUCGUCGAAGAGGCCGACGAGGCGGUGCACACAGCGCCAAACUACUUUCGCCUCCUCUCCGAGUCAGCGAAUACGACCGCCGACGUGUCGCUCGAGAGCACACAGGUGCCGGUAGACAUGCCGGGCGUGUCGCGUCUGAGUGCCGACGCAACGAACCCCGGCUACUACGAACGCUUCUUUCACGAACUCGCUCGCCUCGGUCGCGGAUCGCGCGGCACCGUGUUCCUGUGCCAGCACAUUUUGAACGGCCAUCCGCUCGGGCGCUAUGCGGUGAAAAAGAUUCCAGUGGGUGACUAUAGCGAGAGUCUGCUGCGCUCGCUGAGCGAAGUGCACCUGAUGGAGUCGCUGCACCACCCCAACGUGAUCCACUACAAGCAUGCAUGGGUCGAAAUGGCGCAGCUGAGUCCGUUUUCGCCGAGCGUUCCUACGCUGCAUGUGCUGAUGAUGGCGGCCAACGGCGGGAGCCUUGCCGACUGGAUCGCGGCGCGCGCCGGCGAUAGUGAUAGCGAAGAUGCGCCGUCCGCCUCGCCGCGCGUCCACCGCCUCAAGGCCGAGUUCCGGCAGCGGCGUGCAGCCGCGGCGCGGCGCGGUGGCGAGGCGCCCCGGGCGCGCGCCGGUGUCCAUCUCCUGCGCGAAGAUGAAAUCGUGCAGCUGAUGCGCGAUAUUACGCGUGGCCUCGGCUUUCUCCACGACAAAGGCAUCCUGCACUUGGACAUUAAGCCGGGCAAUGUACUCUUGCACUGGGAUGAUGACGCGCUCUUACCCUCGGCGAUGCUGAGCGACUUUGGGUCUUCGCAGCACCUGCAGGAUGCGUGGCAGCGAACGCGCACGGGCCACACUGGCACGCUCGAGUACAUGGCCCCCGAGGCGGUCGUGCGUGACGCGCGGACCGGGGCGCUGGCCGAGCUAUCGAGCAAGGCGGAUGUGUGGUCGCUGGGCAUCCUGUUUCACCUACUCAUCUUUUUCGAGAUUCCCUACUCGCAGUUCGACGACGUCGAGCAGCUGCGUGCAGAGAUUGCCACGUUUCAAAACCUCUCGCAGAGCAUCCGUGACCGCGGCCUCGGCAUGCGGUCGGCCAUGAUCCACCCCCUCCUUACGAGCCUCUUGUCGGACAUGCUCCAAGUCGACCCCCACAAGCGGCCGACAUGUGCCACGAUUCUGCGCACGCUCGAGCAGUAUGGCACCGAGACAAUGGACGCCGCCGCAGCCGAUACGCCGCCUGCGCCGCGCACGCGCCGCCGCAUGUCGCGCGGUGCGCUCGAGGCCCCUGUGCUGCCCGUGCCCCAGCCGGCAGAGGCGCCGCGCGUCCGUGUCGAGCGCCCCGCGCUGCACGAUACCCACCGCAGCGUACUGGCCGUGCUCGUGGUCUUUGGCCAGCUCGUCGUUCUGGACGCCGCGCUGGACCGCCGCCCUGCGUAUGGGUGGCUGCGCUACCUGGUAUGGCUGUUGUGCCUCGCGCAGGUCGCCCUCUGUACAUCCCCCCGUCACGACCCUGGCCUGGCGCUCGGCGCGUUGCUGAGCGUGUUGGCGGUCCUCUUUAUGUUCUUCUUGUAG